AUGGCGUGCAGGUGCAGCAUGAUUCUCUACGCCCUUCUCCAGUUCCUCGCGUUUCUCUUUGUGCUGGUGGCUACGCCGAUCGACAUGUUUCGCCCGAAGGGUACGAGCAGGUUUGCCAGUACACAGUGCCUGACUUUGUGGGGUGAAAAGAUGGAAUGCUUCAACACGGUGUACACGAGGAGCUCCGACGAGCUGUGGGCGAACUGCACUGACCGCCGCAUCGUGUUCCGCGCCUCCGAGGCACUUGCGGUCAUUUCCAUUUUCGUGUACGCGUUGGCUUUCAUCCUCGGCUUCAUUAUGCUGUUCUGCUGCUUUUGCCUCCGCUGGGUCUGCCUGACGCUCAACAUCAUUGGCAGCGUCACCCUGAGCGUCGUCUGGGUACUCAUGGUUGUGGUCUACUAUACGGAUGACGUCAAUGGGUGUCAGAGACUGAUGAAAUGGUUCCAAUUUGGUUUGGGCUUCAUUCUUCUCGUGUCGGCCUGGUGCCUUGAUGUACUCGGGAUCCUCGAUCUGCUGAUUCUCUGCUAG